AUGUGGGAUGUAGGAUGGACUGUACUAAGGCAAGACCAAAUUGACAACAGUGGAAAGAAUCAAGUAAAAGACGAAAAUGACUAUUAUUCGGAUACGGAUACGGACACGGACAUAGACACGUACACGGACACGGAUAAGGACACAGAGACGAACACGAAUUUCUGGCGUAAAAUGGAUUCUCUCGUUAAUAAAGCGAUCAAGAGCGAGCAAUUUGUAAAAGCAUUAAAAAGCGAACAAAGAAAUAAUAAAACGAGCAGACAUCCACUACCCACGAAGGAUAAUGUAAAAAAAUGUGUAGGAAAGCAUUGUUCUAAAAAUUCUGCUCACAGUUGGAAUCAAAAUAAAAAUAAUGAUCAUACAACGGUUUCUUGGAUAGAAAAUACUCAACUACAACGUUUGAUGAUGAAUUUGGCAAAGGUGGAAGAUUAUUUGCAACAGAUAUUUAAUAAUCGAAAGAUUAAAGUUGAAAGUGAGCAGCGAGAAGAUGGAUUUUAUAUGUUAGCAAUGAUUCCAGCAGAACAAGCAUUAAGUGAUGAAAAUAUAAAUGAAAAGACGAAUAAUGGACUAGAGAGUGUUACACAAGAACCACAUACGCUUGCUGAUGACGUAACAAACGUGAUUGGAUUUACACAUUCAAUGGAAGUAAUCAAGACUUCAAAUGCAUCGACUACACCAGUAAUCCCAGUUCCAUCAGGUUGGUGGAAUAGUAUUUGGUUUUGGACCAUUCACUUAAUCGCGGUGAUAUUAUUCCUUAUACUCGUUUUAUCUUGUUGCAUAUGGUUUUUUGGUAGCAGAAAACGACGCGAUUACAACCGAAUUUAA